GGGGCUAAAACAAAAGUGUUUAUAAUUUUGUUCAGUGUAAUAUAUACUGUAUGUAACCACACUACAAGUAGGUUACAUACAUAAAAUAUAUAAGACCAUUGUUUUGGCUAACAAAAAUUAUUAUUAUUAAAGUGUAAUUCAACAUAUGACUUUUUCCAUAUGACAACCUGCUCCAACCAGACAUUUAUAUGAUGAUAUUGGACUAUUAUUAUUAUUAUUUUAAAUAUACUGGUCUUCCCUAUACCAAGGAUGUGUUAUUAUUACCAUCACAAUUAUUACACUAUAUAUGAGUGGGAUAUUUGCAUGCAGCAUUUGCACAACUUCAUUGAGGUGUGUUGCUGGUUGGAUUAUUACUUUCUUCUAAUUGGAUUGAGCACAGGUGAUCGGUGGAGGAUUAAAGACUGUAGAGUGAGAGGUUAUUGAGCUGUUCUCUACAUUCAUUCAUACAGACACCAGCAUGAAGGAUCCACAGCUACCAGGUACCAAAAUACUAAAUGUCUUGAAGCGACAUGGGAAAAAAGGAAUAAAUGAGCCAGUGGCCCAACCUGCACAGACAGAACCAGAAAAAUGCAAGGUUCCGUCACUAACACCUGAACAACGAGCGAGGCAGACAGCCUUCGAGAGGGUCCUCUAUGACAUGUCCCACAACGACCGGAUCAUCGAUGACGUUAUGCUGGGCCGCAGGAUUGCUUUCUAUGAACUCAGAGGGGAAAUAGGGACAGGAAAUUUCUCCCAGGUCAAACUGGCUGUUCACGCUUUGACUAAAGAGCGUGUAGCAGUCAAGAUUCUAAACAAGGCACGUCUCAACAAGAAGUCACAGAAUGUAUUUGCCUCAGAGAUCAUCUGUAUGGAAAAACUCAGCCAUCCAAACAUUGUGCGUCUGUAUGAGGUGCUUGAGACCAGUAAGCAUUUGUACAUCGCUAUGGAGUAUGGCAGUGGAGGAGACCUGUUCUCACGGAUCUCCACCAGAGGGCGCCUGUCAGACCUGGAAAGCAAGAUCAUAUUUGCCCAGAUCGUCUCAGCCAUCAAAUACAUGCAUGAAAAUAACAUUAUCCAUCGCGACCUGAAAGCAGAAAACAUUUUUUACACCACAUGCUACUGCAUCAAAGUGGGCGACUUCGGCUUCAGCACCGUCAGUGAGCCGUCGGAAACUCUGACCACGUUUUGCGGCUCUCCGCCGUAUGCGGCACCUGAGCUCUUCAGAGACAAAAGCUACGUGGGCCGUUACGUGGACAUCUGGGCGCUGGGUGUCCUGCUCUACUUCAUGGUGACCGCCACCAUGCCUUUCUUCGCCGACAACUUAGGCCGACUGAAACGCUGCAUCCUGCAGGGGGCGUACAGCAUCCCACCAUACGUCCCUAACCCCUGCCAACUGGCCAUCAAAGGCAUGCUGAGACCCGUACCUGUGGACCGCACCAUGGUGUCACAGCUGAUGACAUGCUCCUGGAUGAAGGGCAUCGAAUACCCCAAACCCUAUCCCGCUUUCAGCAUGACGCCCAAUUACCUAGCUGACCCUGAGAAGAGCCUGUGCGUGGAGGAACGGGAAGUAAAGUCAGCCCUGAGUGAGCUGGGUAUCAGUGCCACACAUCUGCAGAAUAACACCUGCACUGACUGUCGCAGCCCAAUAACAGGAACUUACCGGAUCCUGCUACACCGCAUCCAGAAGAGGAGAUCCGUGGAGGCGGUGGGAUAUUCCGCCCUGUACCAGGAAGAGUUGGGUACCAAGAAAUACUGGGCUAACGGCGCAACUGCUAAGCAAAAUGCCUCUGCAGUUUGUACUGUGGCAUGAAGACAAUAGAAAUCAUAUUUGAAUGGUCCAGGUGUGGAUAAUAUGUCUGAUGCCACGUUUCAGGAAGUAAUACAUGUAUGAAAUUCAUCGCAAACCUAGCGACGCAGCAUUGAUCCCAAGAUUAAGCUUUUAGUUUUAUUAAUAUUUUCGUAAUAUACCAAGUUUUGGUACUCACCUGCUGCUAAAUCUUUGACAGUUUAAUGAUUCAUGAAAGAUUCAAUGUUUUGCAAACAAAUGACUCUUAUGAGUAAAUUCUUUUUAGUGGAUCAAUAACAUGCAGCAUGACCAGCGUCGAUCGAUUCCCAAAACGAAGUACUCGUAAGAGUCGGUUCUUUAAAUUUUAGCGAAUCAAAAAUAUAUAGUGCGAUUGGUGUAGCCUGUUUGAUGAAACGAAUGACUUUUGCGAACCAUUUCUAGUGAAUCAAAAAUAUACAGCGUGACAAAAGUAGGCUGAUUCUUCAAACGAAUGACUCUUAUGAGCUGGGUUUUUAUAGCACAUCAAUAACACAGUGCAAGCAGCAUAGCUCGAUUCCCGAAACUAAUGGCGAAUCUUUUAUUGAAUAGUUUAAAAACGGGAUUGAAUCAUUAUAAUGGAAUAUUCUCAAAUUAAGCAGAAUCAAUCAUAAAAUCUAUGGGGUCCAACGGUCUGAGACUAGUGAAAAUGCUUUGGUUUCACAUUCUUUUAAAAUUUUGUAUAUUUCUUAUUCAUGUUUUAUGCCACUUGUUUAACAACGAUAUACUCCUUUCAAAGGGUCUCAGACUUUAAGGCCUCAUUGACUUAUGGUAAUAAGUGCUUUACAUUUAACAACGUUUCACACACAUGUAUUAGCAUUCUUUCUAACUAAUCUAUCUUUUUUCUUUCUAACUAAUCUUUCUUUCUUU